AUGCUGCAGAUCAUCGAUCAGCUCGAGGUCGUGGUCUUACAGCCUUCGGAGUUUCUCUUCUGCGAGAACGACGCGCCACAAGAUCUGUGCUUUCUGGAGACGGGCACUCUCAUGAUCACAUCGCAGGAGCAGCUGGUGCGCUACGUCAGAAGUGAUAGGCCGAAUGAGCCCACAGCUGUGGGCGAGGUGUCCUUCCUCCUGAAAAUGCCACAUCUCUACUCUGUACGGUCUCGCUCCGGUGUCGAGUCCUCCAUCCUCAAGAUCACGACGGACAACUUUGAGCUGAUCAUGUCGAAUUUGGAUUCCGAUCGUGACCAGCUUCUUCACAACGUCGCUCAGUCAAUGAAGCUAUCUAUGAAUGGCACUGAUCUCAAAAAGGGCGCCGUGGUGCACGAUGGCCAGGAUGAGACAGAGUUCUUCCAGCACAUGAGGGAGUCAGUGCGUCAGAUGCUGCUGAGUCGAACCGCACACAUGUCCAUCACAUUCAUCAAUGCGGCGGCGGAGGGGAAUAUGGAGCAGGUUGAGCUGCUUCUCCGCAAGCGUGUCUCCAUCGACACAGCGAAGCUUGGUCAUGCCGAAUAG